AUGGCUGACGAGGCUCUUAUCGAUGUUGAGGACAAGAUGCAGAAUAGACCACCAAGAUCAAGAGGUGAUAGGGGACGAGGAAAAGGCAGCGGCGGCGGCGGUCAGGGAAGAGAGGUGCAGGUGUCGAAGGCCUUGUCCAAGCUCUUGAGACAUCAGGCAGCUAAUGCUGGCAUUCAACUCGACGAUGAAGGCUAUGCGCCCUUGGAUGCUGUGCUCGCAUGGGGCCCCUUGCGAUCUUUAAAGGUCACGUUUGACGACAUCCAGUCCAUUGUCACAUCCAACGACAAGCAACGGUUUACACUCAAGCCCAACUCUGUUAAGAAUCCUUCCCUAGAUGCCAAGUCCACCCUACCAGCCGAUUAUCUCAUCCGUGCCAACCAAGGUCAUUCCAUCAAGCUUGAGUCCGCAGCUCUUCUGGCGCCCAUCACUCUCGAGGGCGGUAACGUCCCUGAGCGUGUCCUCCAUGGAUCCUUCUUUUACUUUUGGCCACGCAUCGUCGAGUCCGGCGGCCUCAAGCCCAUGAGUCGUAACCAUGUCCACUGCUCAACAGGAACGCCCGAGGAAGGCGUCGUUAGCGGAAUGCGCAAGGAUGCAGAGCUGAUUAUCGAGAUCGACGUUAAAGCAAGCUUGAAGGAUGGCGUGAAGUGGUGGCUGAGUGACAAUGGAGUGUUGCUGACGGAAGGCGACGAGCAGGGUGUUUUGAGCACCAAGUACUUCAAGUUGGUGACGGGGCGUAAGGUUGAUGUUGGUGUACUGUGGCAAGACGGUCAGUGGAUUGCUGAUCUACCAGCUGGCUUGAAGAUAAGCCCUCCGCUUGGAAAGGGUCCUCGACAGGGUGGUGGAAGAGGAGGAAGGGGUGGUAGACGCUGA